GCUAGUUAAUUUCAUGAGAUAAUAACAAUAAUAGUAUCAAUACAAUAAAAAAUUGAAGAUAUAUAGUUUAUUACAUUCCAUUUUAAUGGAAAGAGUAGCUUUCUUUCUCAUCAUCAUCAUCACCUUCAUCUCCAUCCAUGGUGUACCAGUCAGCUCGAAAACCUGCCCAGAAGUUCCGGCCGUGUUUGUCUUUGGUGACUCGUAUUUCGAUGCCGGAAAUAACAAUCACAUAAAUACGAGCGCCUUCGACCAGGCCAAUUUCCUGCCAUAUGGCGAGAACUUUACCAAAGGCCCGACCGGGAGAUUCUCGGACGGUUGUAUUAUACCCGAUUUCAUCGGUGGAGCUGGUGCCUUAACUGAGACUUUGCAAGGCUUUGUGAUUGACCUCAAAACACAACUAAAGUACUAUAAGAAAGAAGUUCAAGUUCUGAAAGGCAAGAUUGGUGGAGCUAAAGCUAAAAGUAUUAUAUCAAAUGCUAUCAACAUUAUGAGCUUUGGUUCAAGUGAUUACAUCAGCCCUUUUCUGCUAAAUGAUACCUUUUUGCAUUCUUUUCGUUGCCCAGAAGAUUACGUGAAUUUGGUGAUCGCAAACAUAUCAGAGGCGAUUCAAACAAUAUAUAAAAAAGGAGGGAGAAAUAUUGUGCUUAUGAAUAUGGGACCAUUGGGCUGUUUGCCAGGGAUGAAAAUCAUCAAGAAUGUACACAAAUACGAGAACAAGUGCAUGACAGAGCCCUUGGAAUUGGCUAAACUACACAACACCGCUUUGGAGACGAAGCUAAUACAAAACCUUACAAAUUUGCCCAAACUCAAAUUGCUUGUAUAUGACUUCCAAAGUGAUAUUUCAAACAUGAUUGCUCAACCACGCAAAUAUGGUUUGAAUGACGUGAAAGACGCGUGUUGUGGGUCGGGCCCUUUCCGAGGUGUUAACAAUUGUGGGGGACAAAGGAAACCUCUGAGUACUGAGUUUGAAGUGUGUUCGAAACCCGGAAAUUACUUGUUUUGGGACUCUUACCAUUACACUGAAAAGGCGAACGAACAAGUGGCUAAGAAAAUGUGGGAUGAUGUACUUUCGAUCAUAUUAAAGUGCGACGACUAAAACUUAAUUAUAAGUUUCCGGUGCAUUCAUGUUUGAAUCAUAAUCUAGGAACUUUUUUUCUCUCUUUCUUUUUAUUUUUUUUUUGGUUUUAUGUUGCUAGAAUAAAUGAAGACCGAGGGAUAAGGAGUAUUGCAUGGAGCUAGCUACGGUAAAAUGAGAUAUUGUGUUGUGCAUGCAUACAAGAAAUAAAAUGAAAAUAAAUUAUUCUCCCGA